AUGGCCGAAGGCGAAGAAGGAGCUGCUGCGGGCUCUGUCUCGGAGCCCCUGGACCUGGUGCGCCUGCUUCUCGAUGAGGUCGUCUUCGUCAAGCUGCGAGGCGACAGGGAACUCAAGGGCCGACUGCAUGCCUAUGACAGCCACAUGAAUCUGGUGCUGGGUGACGUUGUAGAGACCAUCUAUGUCGUGGAUGAGGAUGAUGAAGACGAGGAGAUCAGGACGGUCACUAAGAAGUCCGAGAUGCUGUUUGUUCGAGGCGAUAGUGUCGUGCUCGUUUCACCGCACACCUCAUCUUAG